UUCUUGUACAAGAACGUCAUUACAUUUGCUUUAUUGCAAUAAUUAUGGAGUUUAUAAAGUCCUUCAGUGACCCGGAAUUCGGAUUCUAUGAAAAAAGAUUGUGUGUUUUAGUUUUUCUUUACACAAUCACCAAUUCAUUCCCUGUUCUUCAAGCUUUAUUCAGCCAGUUUAUUCCAGUACACUAUUGUGACGUGUGGGACUUGUUACAUAACAAUGCGAACCAGACAUGGAUCUCUGAAAUGAAAAGCAACUCUACUUGGAAGGAAGCUCUGCUCAAUCUAACAAUACCUUGGGAACAAAGCACACUUGAUGUUUUAUCUCGGAGCUCGUGUUACCAAUACAAUAUAUCUUCCAUAGAGUUUUUACAUCAAGGUGGAACCUGGAACGUUUCGGUUCACCCAUUUAAUUACAGAGAUAACGGGUUGAUCAGAUGUGAGAAGAUGUUCUACGAAGGGGUGGAGACUUCAUUUGUGACAGAGUUCAAUGCUGUUUGCGAUAGAUCAUGGAUGAGACCAAUGUGUACCUCGUUAUAUUUUGCCGGUUCUAUAGUCGGAGGGUUGAUUGGUGGUGUGGUCUCCGACAGAUUUGGUAGAAGACCAGUUUUUAUUGUCACUACCCUGGGAGCUGCAGUGUCUGUUCUUUUGUCAGCCUUCUCAACAAGUUUCACAAUGUACCUCAUUCUGUUGUUUCUGUCAGGAGUGACUUCAAACGUGUCUUAUGUAACCACAGCACUCAUUAUAUUCGAAGUAAUGCCAGUGCGUCUUCGUUCAUUUGGAUAUUUUUGCACUGGUCUUGGUUAUGCAGUUGGCUACCUUAUGGUGUCUGGUAUUGCUUACUUUGUACGUGACUGGAGACUCUACUUGAAGUUAUGUGGUGGUGCAGAGUUCAUUUAUGUUGUGUACUUUUUCAUCAUAGAUGAAACACCUCAGUGGCUUAUUGCCAACAACAAAAUUGAGGAAGCAAAGAAGCUGAUUAAAAAAAUUAAAAGCAUGGGAGGCAGAAGUAUUGAUAACAUAGAAGAUUCUCCUAUGUUGAAAUUAAAUGAAAACACAUCACUGGGAAUGUGGGAAACUUUUAAAACUAUUCUCAAGUUGCCAAAAUUGUUAAUUCGACUAGCAAUCUUAUGCUUGGCUUGGUUAAUUGUGGUGAUGACCUACUACACCAUUGCCCUUAACCUCAACAGUCUUAGUGGAAAUCGGUUCAUAAACAUAAUGUUUGGGGGAAUAGUUGAAAUUUGUAACGUCACCUUGUUCUGCCUUUUUGUCGAGACCCGUGGUCGCAGAGACACUUUUAUUGGAACAAUGUUUCUCUGUGGACUCGGAAUUGCCAUCAAUCCAUUUUUGAUUGCAUCCCAUGGUCAGCUAUCGGUUGCAACUACAAUGUUCAGCAAGUUAAUGGUUGGAAUUGCCUUUGCCGUUCUUUAUGUCUAUCCUGGAGAACUAUUUCCCACAAACUUGCGUCAGACCAUAUUUGGUAUUUGCAAUAUGUUUGGCAGAACUGGGGGUCUCAUCUCGCCUUUUCUCAUUUACUCAAGUGACAGCGGGAAUAUACUUGGACCAUCCCUUGCCACAGCAGGAAUCAUUCUACUCACAAGUUCUCUGUUUUUCUGCUUGCCUAAAACAAAAGCAAACAAGUUACCCCAGUCUGUAGAAGACGCCUUAAAACUUCAAGCGAGCGUAAUCUGUUGUAGAAACAAUGAAAGAAAUACUGAAGUUAAAGUUGGUUGCGAAGAAGGCACAAACUUGGAAAUGGAAAAAGGAAAAUUAUUUGAAACUGUUGCUUAGUUUGCUUUAACAUAUAGUAGGAUGAGGGAAGAUGGGACACCUUUUCAAUCUAUUUUCUCUUCCAAUUUGGUAGUAAACAAACAUUCAACGAUUUUUUAUUAAACUUUAUCCUCACGGCUCUCAUAGACCGUUGUUAAUUGUUUAAAACACGAUCAGAAUAUUUGGUUAUUAUGUGUCAAAGGUGUCCCAUCUUCCCCCAUCCUACUAUAAUACUUAUUUUAGUUAAAUGGGCAUUUAUUAUAAUAACUAAGUAUCUGCUAUAUACCCCUAAAAACUUAUAAUAUACGAAGAUUGAGUAACUGGUAACGAAUAUGUGUAAAUGCGUUUUGUACAACUUCUGUAAUAUGUGCUGAAUUAUAAACCUACACUAGUUUA